CUCGACAUUUUCACCACGAAGACAUUGGCUCAUCCCCACAGUGAUUGCGGCUUACUGCGGAACUGCACGGAUGGAAUUCAUUUUCCCUUAUCAUCACUAUGUAUGGUCUUUCUUAGACUCUGAUAUCGUCCAUUGGUAUUGCCUAUGUUGAAGAAAAUCUUGGGUCUUUUUUUCACUUUCACUCUGCUGGAGGCCGCUCAAAUCCCUCUGGAAGCUCAGUAUCACAGGCAUUCAACUAUUGUCAACCUUGAUAACGACUCUGGGGACGACUGGAACAUCAACGUUGCCCCCAGUCAAAAUGCUACCGGACAUCUAGUAUUCGAAACAGUCAACUCUUUCUUGCAGCACUGGCCGAAUACUCGAUACAGAAAUGGUCAUAGUGUUGUCCCGGGUUUGAUUCCUGCUGGAACUGUACUGUAUCAUGGACGAGGAGAUGCGAACACUCCCACUGUGCCUGAAUGGCUUGCAACCGACCCAGAACAUUCCUAUCACUUUUGUCGUGGGCAGACAGCAGACUCUGGAUGUUGGCAACUUGUCAUCACCGUUCUACGUCCCCUGAAAGUACUCUACUUUGAUGGGAGUGCUGCAGCGAAAAUGCGAGAUGGCUCGAUGGACUCUCAAGAUAUUCUUGCAUAUGGCAAGGUUGUACCGGAGAAAUUUUUCAGUGAAAGGGAGAGAAUCCGCAAUUUGUGUGAAUGGGCGCGAAAUUUGGACGUCGAUGGUUUCGUCAGGAUGGAAAUGGACUUUGAGAUUAUGCUCUGCGAUUUUGCCCAAGGUGUCUUUGUCGAACCUUUAAAUCUCCGUGCUAGACCUAGAAAUGGCCGAGGACCUGGCGGCCCCGGUAGACGACCUGGCGGUCCUGAAGGUCCCCAUCGCCCCUCGGACAAAACGUUCCCUCUUCCCAGCAACUUUCAUUACGAGAGUUCCUACACCCAAUCACUCAACGUCAAUUCAUCUGCUCUGCCUAGUUCUGGCCUCGACGGCGCUAUCUAUUCUGGCUCUUGGCACAGAUACUAUCCAGGUGACACACGCAUUCAGCUUGAUCUUACCCGUCUUGUAUCUUUCUAUGAUACCGAACUCGUCCCUAGUCUUGUUACAGAGAGAUACGGGAAAGAGAGGAUUAAACAUCGGCUAUUGGGUAUCUCUUCAGAGGAUCUUCAAACCGUUGUGCGGAAAAUUGAGGAACUGACUGCAGUUGCGGACCUCGGUAGUGGCAUCGAUUGGGCUACUCUCAUCCGCCUGAUUGUCAAACGUUACUCGGAGCGCCUGGAGAUGGUUCAGUAUGUUCUAAAUUCCUCAAACCCUAACUCAGUUUCGGAGAACAAGGCGCUCGCAGAAAAUGUUCAAAUAAACCUGAUUGCGAUGCUCCAGCCUUAUAUGCUUUACACUAUCAAACCUUCGCCAGAUCUACCUACUUCCACGAAAUGGGUGUCGCCCAUGUAUGAGCUCUGUGCCACAACUUAUACAAAAUACAUCGUUACUUCGUCUCUCCAUCUGCGCCUCACCGAUUCAGAGAAUCUCAUUCUCAAUGGUAUUCAAGAAACGACUAAAGAAAUCUGUAGGGUUGUGACAGGGAUGUGGGUCGACGGGGUCAUGGCUGGACUAGAGCCGGAUUUCUAUCGACCUUCGGAAGAGGUUGAUGAUGCUGUACAACUAGAAUUGUUGAUACACUCGUGGAAAGAGCGUAUCUUCGGUCUCAUGAAGUGGUUAGAUUGGAGUGUAUGGUUAAAAUGUCGUCCUGCGUGUGGAUUCGAAGAAAUGUGCUACCUCCCUACAUGGCCGUUCAUACGAGGCUCUGAUGAUUCUGAUGAUCCUCAACCAAGCUGUGUGCGUAGGAUGGCGUCUUUGGAUGGCCAGAACUGAGUUGGACGUUGUAAAAGGUUGUAAACCAUCUCGAUACAAUUUCCCAUAGUAGAUAUUAGGUAGACAUAUCCGUCUCUGAAUCUUUCAUUCCGGCAGAGGGACGGGAUUGGAAAGCGGUGAGU